CCCGGGACCGCGCGAGGGCGCCAAAAUUCGUUCCGACUCCAGCGGAAUUCCUCCUCCUCCUCCUCCACCGCUGGGGCCAUGGAGGCCGAGCGGCUGGAGCAGCUGGGCCGGGCCAUGGAGGCCUACGCCCUGGAGCACCACGGCGCCGACCUGCUGCGCGUGCUGCGCGCCCCCGCCGGCGCCGCGCGGCACUACCCCGUGCUGCUCGACGCCAUGGCCCUCCUGGAGAGCGACAUGGCGCUGGGCGAGAGCGUGCUGGCGCUGCCCUCGCUGCUGCUGCCCGCGUGCGACGAGGCGCUGGCGCGCGCGCAGGCGGCGCUGCUCGCGCGCCGGGCGGGGGUCGACGACGGCGGCGGCGGCGGCGGCGCCGCCGCGCUGUCCGUCAAGCCCAACGUGCACGCGAGGUUCACCGGUCUCCCGCAGUGCCCCGAGCUGAGCCGCGAGCGCCUGCCGCUGGCGUCGGACGCGGGCCGCCUGCUGCGCGUCUCGGGCACCGUGAUCCGCACCGGCGCCACCCGGCUGCUGGAGCACGAGCGGACCUUCGCGUGCCUCGCCUGCGGCCGGCGAUUCCCGGUGCGCGCCGAGCUCGAGACCUUCCACGGCCUGUCGGCCCCCGCCGCCUGCCCCGCCGCGCCCGCCUGCCGCUCCACCAGGUUCACCGGCGUCGGCGGAGAAGGGGGCCAGCCGGGCGUCUGCCGCGACUACCAGGAGGUCAAGAUACAGGAGCAGGUCCAGAAGCUGGCCAUGGGCACCAUCCCCCGCUCCAUGGUGGUGGUGCUGGAGGAUGAUUUGGUGGACACCUGUAAAUCCGGGGACGACGUGACGGUGUGCGGCGUGGUGACCCAGCGCUGGCGCCCGCUGGUCCCCGGCUCCCGCUGCGACCUGGAGCUGGUGCUGCGAGCGAACCACCUGGAGGUGGCAAACGAUGGCACGGGGCUCGGGGUGGAGCUGGGCGAGGAGGAGCGCCGCGCGGUGCAGGAAUUCUGGGAGGGGUUCGCCCACAACCCGCUGGCAGGUAGAAAUGUGAUCCUGGCCAGCCUGUGCCCGCAGGUGUUCGGCAUGUACGUGGUGAAACUGGCGGUCGCCCUGGUGCUCGCCGGCGGGGUCGCACGCGUUGACCCGUCGGGCACUCGCGUGAGAGGUGAGCCCCACCUGCUGCUCGUGGGAGACCCCGGCACCGGCAAAUCGCAGCUGCUGAAGUACGCGGCCAAGAUCACGCCGCGCUCCGUGCUCACCACCGGCAUCGGCUCCACCAGCGCCGGUUUGACGGUGGCGGCCGUGCGCGACGGUGGCGACUGGGGCCUCGAGGCCGGCGCUCUGGUGCUGGCCGACGGGGGCCUCUGCUGCAUCGACGAGUUCAGCAGCAUCCGCGAGCACGACCGGGCCAGCGUGCACGAGGCGAUGGAGCAGCAAAGCAUCAGCGUCGCCAAGGCCGGGCUGGUUUGCAAGCUGAGCACGCGCACCACGGUGCUGGCGGCGACCAACCCCAAGGGCCGCGUGGAGGCCGGCGAGCCGCUGAGCUCGAGCGUGGCGCUGGCCAGCCCGCUGCUCAGCCGCUUCGACCUCGUGCUCGUGCUGCUGGACGCGCGCAACGAGGACUGGGACCGUAUCGUCUCCUCCUUCAUCCUGCAGAACCGCGGCGCCCCCCCGUGCGACGCAGAGGGCAUAUGGCCAAUGGAGCGCAUGCGCUGCUACUUCCGGCUGGCGCGCUCCCUCGAGCCGCAGCUUUCGGACGAUGCGAACCGCGUGCUGGCGGCGUACUACCGGCUGCAGCGCGCCAGCGACACGCGCAGCGCCGCACGCACCACCGUGCGGCUGCUCGAAAGCCUCGUGCGUCUCGCCGAGGCGCACGCGCGGCUCAUGCUGCGCGGCGUGGUGACGGUGGAAGACGCGGUGACGGUGGUGUCGGUCAUGGAGACGUCCAUGCAGGGCGGCGCGCUCACGGGCGGCGCCGGGGUGAACGCGCUGCACACUUGCUUCCCCGACGACCCCGUGCAGCAGUACCAGGCGCAGUGCGACGUGCUGCUCGCCCGACUCGGCCUGCACGACCUGCUGCGGGGGGAGACCGAGCGGCUGCACCGCCUCAAGAGCUCGCAGGGCGGGGGGGGGGACGGAGAGGAGGCUUCUCCGUCAGCCGCGGACGACGGAGCGCCAGCCGCCGGGGACUCGUCCGCCUCCCCGCCGGACGGCAUCCCUCCGACCCCCGACCCCCGCGGAUGGCCCCUGACCUCCACCCCCUUGGAGGGUCUCGACCCGCCGGCCCCCGCCUCGCCCGCGGCGGCGCCCGCCCCUUGCGAGCGCGAGGCCGAGACGCCGAGACCUCCGAGCUCGCGGGCGGGCGGCGGGCGCGGGGGCGGGGGGCGGGCGGCGAAGGCCGGAGGGGCCGGCGGCGGGCGCGCCGGCGCCGUGGGCGACGCGGGGACGUCGGGGGAGGCGCCCGGCAGGUUGGCGCGCUUCGCCUUCCUGAGCAAGCCGCGGCUCAGCCGCUCGCCGGCGAAGGGCGGAGACGGGCGGAGCGACGGCGACGAUGGACGGGACGAGACGCGGGGGCACGCCGGGGCGCGUGCGAGUCGCGAGACCGGUCAGUAUGAACGCGGCGAGGAUCACGGGCACGCCGCCGCCGGUCGGCUUGGACCUAAUCUACCUGGUGGACAGGGACACGGUGAUGCUGAUAGACACAAUAACGCUGAUAGACGCGACGAGGGUGACACGCGCAACAAGCCUCGCGUACACGGGCACGGCAAGCCUGCUGCUGCUGCUGCUGAUGAUCGCACAGCGGCCCGAGGACAUAGACAAUCCAGCGGACGAGGACCCGGCGACGCUCACGAGAGCGCGAGCGACUGGGACGCCUCCGUGGCGGACUUGUCGUCGUCGUCGCCGCUCCACCACCCGUCGGCCCUCUCCUCCGGUACCAUCCGGAGCGGCGAGCCUCGAAAAUUGGUGGCACCACCGGAGGGGUCACCGCCUCUAACCGGGGCCCCUCCCAGUCGCGGCGCGAAGCGCCUGCGAGGGCCCAGCGAUGAUCGGGGACUCGGGGAGCGGGGAGGCCCGGAGGGACCCGGGGAGCCCAACGCCGGCGCCAGCAAACGGUCAAAGCUGCUGCUCUUACAGCGCAUCAAUGGUUGUGGCGGUGGUGGUGGCACUGACGCUGACGCUGGCGGUGUGAAUGGUGGUGGUGGUGGUGCUGGUGGUGCUGGAGUUAAUGGUUUCGGUUGUAGUGCUACAAGAGGUGAUGGUGGCGCUGGCGCCGGUAACGACGGAGGCGAUGGUGUUGGUGGUAGUAGCGGUGGUGGAAGUGGCGGUGAUCGUGUCGGUGUGAGCCGCAAGCCGGUGGUGCGGCGGUCUGCCGAGGUUGACCCAUCCGUGCGGCCCCGCGUAUCCUCCAGCACCCUCGCUCGCCUCGCCGCCUUCUCCAGCGGCUCCCGGUAGCGCAGGGAGGCCACCACCGCCAGCAUCACCACCACCACCACCAGCGUCGCCACCACCACCACCAGCGUCGUCACCAUCACCGCCACGACCAACGCCUUCAUCAAAACCACCGCUGCCACCACUGUCAUCAUCAUCAUCAUAUACACUCGCUAUUGGAGUUCGCCAAACAUCUCCAUAUGGGACCACAGGGCCUGGGCAAUUGUUGCCACUGGAUCUGGCUCAUCUGUGGUUUCCCUCUCUCACUCACGGAGGGGGUAAAACGACAAACUGCGCGCGUUGCAACUUCUACGUCAUGAUCACCGCCACCGCCAGAGUCCACCAGCACCGCACCGCGGCCUCCACAGGGCCCUCUCCGCCAGAGGGAGACGACGGCGCUGGCCGCUUGGCCUCCGCUGGAGGAGGGCCAAGCGGCCGCCGCUCGGCGCGCGCGAGCGUGACGGAAACCUGGGAGCCGUCGGACUCCCGUCUCUCGGCUCGGCGAGCGUUGUUUGGAUGAUGUGCUUGGAUACAUUUCGGUAUUUUCUUUCUCCCGGUUGGGCUACGGGCCCGGUGCGUCCGCCCCGGCGCUUGCGCGUAGGGACCGCGUGCUGCAGAACUCGCACGGAACGGGACGUCGCAGAUGCACGUUUUGUGCACAAACUCGCUUUUGGGCGCCGCACUUGCGAGAUGCUCGCUACCUCGCCUGGCACAGAUGGGGGCGUGGUUUUCAGUCCCGACCCUGGUGCCUGCAUAUUUUGGGAAUUUUUUUUGCCGGGCCCUCCCGAUUUUUUUCCGUCCACAUUUUUGAAUCGUCAACACGCGUUCAGAGUAUUUGGCCGCUAUUAAUUUGCACGCGAUAAGCCGCUUCGGUUGAGCUCUCGUUGGCGAUAGCCAGGUCGCUUCUGAAGAAAGAGCUGUAGAGCUCACCUCUACAGCUCUGACGGUCCAAGCCGACGUUGCCCAGCCGUGACGCGAUUGCGUUUUUUGGAUAACGACGCUUUGAGAGUAAGGGGAUAGUUGUGUUGUCAUGCGGCCUUUUGUGUUGCUUUACGUUCAAUUGGCAGUCCUUCCUCUGUAAAGCAAUCACAUUUAUAUAUUUUAUAUCUACAAUCAUCUGCUGCUGCUGCUGGGUUAGCGGCCGUGCACAAUGUCGUUUCUUUGAAGGCCGCUGUGUUAUUGGCGGGCGUGUCUUGGUUUUUGUGUUUAAUAUAUUUUGCCUGUUUUGCUUUGAGAUUUACUUACAGUAUAAAAUAUGUAACAAUUAUAAUUCACGGGCCUUUGUAAAUCCACCGCAGGAUGAACACCACACCCGCCCUAACCCCCUCCACGCCUGAUCUGUAAAGGAGUUUUGUUUGACCAUACUUUGCCAUGCUGGUCACAACGGGCUGGCGAAAGGGAUCAGGAGGCGAGGCUUGGACAUCGCUCGCCACCGAUGUUGGGGAUCGAACUCGGGUCCAUAGCGCAGUGAGCUAACCACUGCGCCGCCACUUCCCCCGCCCCCCACCCCCACUCGUGCUUGCACUCAGCGGUCCAUCUCCGAUUCAUUUCCAUCGUAGCGAGUCGAGUUGAGGCGUUUAUUAAAGAGCUGGGCUGUAAUC